GACCUAAGCAAGAUGUCCCUCGAAGCCGAAACAUACACGUCAACCGGGCAAUUCUCCAAAGCGGAAGAACUUUACAAGCGCAUGAUUGACAUCACUCAGCAUCAUGAGGGCCCAGAAUCUACCUCUCGAGAGCUUUACAAUCUUUCCGCUGCUCUGAUCAACCAGGAAAAAUAUAAAGAAGCAGAGCUUACGCUGAGAGAUUUGCUCAUUCAGCUCACGGGCCGGCUUGUAGAUGGCGACUCCGGCCAUUUUCUUGAACAAAAGGCUGGUGCUGUUGGUCUUCUUUGUCGUGCGUUGAAAGGGCAGGGCAAAUCAGAAGAGGCAGAGAUGCUGGAGAAGAAUGCUGCUGAUCAGCAAAAGCAACUGCAAGCUCGCGGUAACGCCUACGGGCUCUCACAAUUGUAGACGACUAUUGGCUCAAACAC